AUGACUCUUUCUUCUUCCAAUCCUUUCAAGAUAUAUUCAAAAAAGGCACAUAAUUUACGUUUGCUGCAAAUGUCUGCAACAACUUCUGAUUUUAAUUCCUUUGUGUGCACUUUGGUAAAUCCUACCCAUCUUCGCUAUCUGAAGACUCCUAAGCCAGGAGUGGCUUCACCUCAAGUUUUGAGCAAGUUUUACCAUCUUCAAGUAUUAGACGUUGACUCAGACACUGAUCCAAUGAUACCUAAUGGUAUCCAUAAUCUUGUGAGCCUGCGUCAUAUUGUUGUAGAAGGACUAUCCUCUUCCAUUCCUUGCAUUGGUAAAAUGACAUCUCUUCUGGAGCUACAUGAUUUUAGGGUUCAAACUACUAGCAACUUUGAGAUAACACAACUUCAGUCCAUGAACGAGCUUCUGCAACUAGGUGUCCCACAACUUGAAAAUGUUGCCACUAAAGAUGAGGCUGAUGGAGCAAAAUUGAGGGACAAAGUACACUUAGAAAAGCUGCGCUUGUCGUGGAAGUAUACUGAUCACAGUGACAAAUCAAGAGAGGUGCUUGAGGGUCUUGAACCACAUCUAGGCUUAAAGCAUCUGCGGAUAUUUGGGUACAAUGGUACUACUUCCCCAACUUGGCUUGCCAGCAAUUUUUCAGUUACCUCUUUGCAGACGCUUCAUCUAGAGGAUUGUGGGGAAUGGCAAAUAUUUCCAUCUCUGGAAAUGCUUCCGUUUCUUACGAAGUUGAAGUUGUGCAACAUGCAGAAAAUAAUGGAAGUAACGUUUCCUUCAUUGGAGGAGCUGGUUUUAAUUGAAAUGCCAAAGUUGGAGAAAUGCUCCUGCAGUUCCAUGUGGGAUCUGAACUCUAGUUUGAGGGUACUGAAUAUCAAGAUGUGUAGUGCACUGAAGGUGUUUGUUUUGCUUGAGGAUGGCAUUAAAUUCAAAAGCGAGCAUAAGUCAUGGUUGCCCAGUCUUAGAAAGUUAAUUAUCUACGAUUGUCCUCAUUUGAAAGUAAGGCACCCUCUUCCACCUUCAACCACCUGUUCUGAAUUCUUUAUCAGCAGAGUUUCAACACUUCCAACGAUGGAGGGAUCAUCCGGAGAAACAUUAAAAAUUGAGGGUCCAUUUGUUUUACAUGCUGAGUCUUAUGAGAUGAGGACACUGGAUGACAGAAUAUUAUUCCAUAAUCUAAGGGGCCUUAAGUACUUGUGUAUCAGGCGUUGCAGAAAUCUGAUGUCUAUUCCAUUUGAAGGUUUUAGUCAGCUAGUCUCCUUAAAGAGUUUGGAAAUAAGCGAUUGUGAAAAACUUUUCUCUCUAGAUAUACCAGAGUGUACCCAUGAAGAUGUGAUAGUUGCAAAUUAUACUGCCUUCCCAUCUCUUGAACAUCUCAAUAUUCAUUCGUGUGGUAUAGUGGGGAAGUGGCUGUCUCUGAUGCUGCGACAUUCGGCGGCUCUAAUGGUAUUGAGUUUAGGAUCCUGUCGACAGAUAACACAGUUAUCAAUAGAAGGAGAAAACAGUAAGUCAAAUCUUAUCUCAACCAUGCAAGCUUCUUCAUUAGGAUAUCCAAAUGACUCAUUGACAAGCUCAGCUCCAGACGGACUCUUGCAAAUUCCAUUAAAUAUCCUAUCCUCUCUCAAGGAGAUGGAUAUUGCGGUAUGCCCUGAUUUAUCAUUUUAUGGUAGCAAGGAAGGCUUAUCUGGAUUUACUUCCCUCGAGAAGCUAACAAUUUGGUUUUGCCCUGAGCUGCUCUCAUCUUUGGUGCAUAUUGAUGGAAAUGAUGGCCAGGUGAGUGGAAGGUGUCUCCUCCCUCAAUCACUUGGACAUCUUGUGAUCGGCAAUUAUUCCCAAGCAAUAUUGCAUCCAUGCUUUCCAAGGAAUCUCACUGGCCUAAAAAAGUUCCAAAUUUGGAGCAACCUAAGUUUGGAGUCUCUACAGCUACAGUCAUGCACGGCACUGGAGGAGUUAAAUAUUCUGGGAUGUCCAUCGCUUGCCGCACUAGAGGGCUUCCAGUUCCUCAGGCAUUUGAGCUUAUUCAGCACCCCCAAUUUGCCUCCAUUUUUAGAGCAUGCGUCAGGGCAAGGUUAUGAGCUAUGCCCUCAAUUGGAAAAGCUUGUGACCGAUGACCCUUGUGUCCUUACCACGCCAUUCUGCAAGCAGCUCAAAUCCCUACAACGCUUAGAACUUCGAACUUGCGAGAGUGAAGCAACACGGCUAACAGAUGAGCAAGCGAGAGGGCUUCUGCUCAUCACGUCCCUGGAAGAGCUCCAGUUUUGGAAAUGCGAUUAUCUUGUAGAUCUUCCUGCGGAGCUGCACAGCCUUCCCUCCCUCAAGAAGUUGGAGAUCGGUAAUUGUAAGCGCAUGUUGUGGCUGCCAGUAAAGGGCCUGCCACCUUCGCUGGAAGAACUGAAUAUCAUCCGCCAUGGCGGUUGCAGCAAGGUUCUGGCUACUCAAUGCAGGUAG